AUGUCAGCCUCGAAAAACGACAAGGAGGUUAAACGCUCAGUACCGAAAAGAUUAUUUUCAUUCGACAAUAUCAAGAGUCCAAGAUCGCGACGUUCUUCCUCCGAGGGCUCCAGCAGCGACCGCGAAAGCUGGUUUCGCCAUGGACGGACAGCUUCCAAGCCGUCUCUGUCCGAUGUCCAAGAGUACCAACCCCCAGAAGCCUUUGAAGAGUUUCUUGCUCGUCAGGGAAGGGUGACUUCCCCUGUCGAAGACCCUUUCGCGUCAAGACCACAGACACCAACGGCGACCAAGUAUUCGGACCCCAUUCGACAAAGUCCCUCCUUGCCCGCUCGCCCCAAGACGCCGGAUAGCCAUCGCUCAGCGUCCCCAUCACGGCGGUGGGACCAACUUCGCCAGCAUGUUCUUCCAGUUGCUCCUGGAAGCCGACCUUCCACACCACCGGCUCAGGUACCCCGGCCUGCUUCACCUGCGUCCUCGAGGAGCGGUAAAACGCGUCUCCCGAAGUUUGGAUUCAGACAUGUUGUUGAUAACGCGAGGGAGGCAAAUGAUAACCGCAAGUUCGCAGAAGACAUAACAAGAGUCUGUCUCGCUGUUCGAUACCCCGAACUUACGAAGGCGAAAAGCUCAGACAAGGACAUUCAGGCCACCAUUGGGGGCAGCGUCCUGCCGUUCAUGUCGACAAACACCCUCGGCUCGGGUGCAUCUACUAUGCACAAUACAGGGGCAACCAAGAAAAGCGACGGCAAGCGACCUCCGUCGGCACUGUCUUUUCCAUCAGUCCCCAAAGCCGCGUCCUUGAAGUCCCUGUAUCAACUACUUCUUUAUCACUCUGCACCAGCCCCAGACACAGCACUCUCCGCUUAUUUGCCUAACGAAGAGGAGGUUUUGUCUUGCCUACUUGCGCCCUUCCUUGUCCCUAGUAGAUCCACACGGUGGGAAGAGGAACGCACCAUUGCUCUGGAAACUUUCGAGUUAUUGAUCAAAUCAUGGUUGCCCCAAGAUGAAUCUAGUAACGUCAAUAGAUGUCUUUGGUGCUGCAAAGCCGCAUUACUUCCUGCAUCGCCUACCCGAACCCUCAUACUAUCCAAUCUCGGGCGAUUCAUCGCACCCGGAGAAAGGAACAAGACAACCAUAUCACUACCUGGGUUUCAAAGCAUCUGUCAUCACCUUGUAAUCACCCUGGCUUUCUUGCACUCCCCUAUGUCAGGGCCGUUUCACGAAGGCGAGACCAAAUUACUGAAGAACCUUAUCGAGAAGUUUAUAUCAGGCUCGUAUGGGAACAUCAGUGAUGGGGAUGUGGAGGAGACCUACGGCGUCGUCUGGCUCCAGGAAGACACCCAGGCUGUAGUGCGAAGACUGGUGUUCCUGGAAGCUUUGAUGCGGUGUCUCGAGAAUUCAUCUCAGUCAACCCGUGUCUGGCUGCUAUUGAACAUUGUUGAGGACUACUGGCCUCCAGCAACAGAACCGGGAAAACUGACCUCCCUACAGAUGGUUAUCCAUUCCCGGAAGCUUAAUGCAUUCUGCAAGUCAGCUUCCGUUCUGUUACAAGAACAAGGAUUGGAGCCUGGGGAGAAACACGCAGUAGCUCAACAAAUCGUAAACAUCCUUCGAACCCGUUUAAUCCCAGAAACCAAUCUUCUGGAUCAAACCAUCGCCCUCGACUGCCGAGGCCAUAUAUCUAAAGUCGUCUUCGAACUUCUGUGCCUGGAUAAUGCCAGAGAAGUCGUCAGAUGGGCUAUCAGUACGUUGUGCCGAUGGCUGCAUGACGAAGAUGUGCAGUGGAGGAGCACCGUGGACAAAACCCUGGGUCGAGCGAUUUCAGAAUAUCCGUGGCCUUUAGUGAUCCAUCUGCUUACGCGUAUCGUCGACCAACUCCCUGAUCCCGAUCGAAAGACCGCGGUUGCAGCAUUUCUCCCCGUUCUCAACGAUCGUCUAGUCAAUGACCCACCGCCAUAUCCAAAUGUCGAGUUGGGCAAUUUGUUGAAUAGCCUAUCCCGACUGUACCCGCAAAUCUUCUUCAAACCCUUGUUCCUAUGUGCCGCAUCGAGCAAAGAAUUCACCGUCAUCAACCACCUGUGCACCUUGGUUAUCUACUCCAAGUUUGUGACGGACUUCUGGUGGCGCGAUGCUGAGAUGAUGUCGAUCGCUUUGAUGAGUGAUGUGGGUGCGACAAAGGAACAGUCGUCUUUGCCUUCCAGUGGGACGCCUUGGGGGGUAGCGAGAUUGGGACAGUCGAUAUUGAUGGUCGAGCUCAUUGGACGACUACAAGAUCUUCGUAGAAACAAAGAUGCCUCAGGUCCAGAACCAUCCCUGGCGAUAGGGAAGUUCUUGGUUGCAUUGGAAUCAAGGAUGUCUAUCCUGCUCGAAGCCAAGGAGAAAACGGCGCGGAUACCGCCUUCUCAACGGACCCUACUCUGCAUGCUGUUCCGAGAGUUCCGACUGUUGACAAAGUCCUUGAAACCUGUUGGCUGGCUUCAUCGAACGUUGUUAUGGUUCUCGGACUUCUUUGAAGAAGAUGACCUCUCAGGGGAUCUCGACCAGGAAGUUACCGAAGCCAUGGAACGCAUUCACGACGUCUUCCAAGCCGCCCGAGAAAGUGCCCAUCAGAGUCAAACUCGCCGGAGUACGAUUCUGCUAGCUACCACACAGUAUGAACGAGCAAGGUCGGAAACGGAUCCUAAAAUCCUCGACAUCGGUGCUCUAUUCGAGGAACGACGGGGUUUGAUAGAUGGGUUGUUGAAGGGGUUUGCUUCAAAGGCAAUGAAACUUUUCGUUGCUGUUUCGCCAUUGUUGAUGGAGGACGAUUAUGUGGAAUUGGGCUCGAUUCUCUGGGAAAGGUGUCUCGAUACGACGGUGGAUUCUCCUUCAACUGGCCCGGCGUGCUUCUUACUGAUGCAAUGCGCGGAGAGGGCUACCAGAAGUUUCCUUGCCCUCAUCGAAGUGGACCUUCAGAGCUCUGAUGAGAGGACGAGACUCGAGGCGGUCAGAAAGAUCGGUAGUCUUAUCAACUGGCGAUUCCAGAUCAUGUCGCAGAACUUUGUCGUCGACAGAGCCCAUCGACCCUUCAAAAUGGCUCGCCUACCCCUCCCGUUUGUUGCAACAGAUAUGGGCACGACCUUAUACCUUCCCAGCGAAGAUGCAAGUGAUUCUCAGGAAAGCGAAAUCCCUACCGAACUGCGCAAACAACUUGCAGAAUUGGGAUGGGGUGAUGACAAUGCUGGACCCAAUGAUCCUCAGCGCGAGCGUGAAAGGACUCCGAUGUCACUACUACCGAUCACCCAAUUGGAGAAGAUGGAUUUUACUAUCAGCACCAUUGAUUCUAUGGCCCCAACGGUUGGUUCUGCAGCGUCGCCCAUGCCCAGCCCACAACCUUCACCAGCAGUAGCGCCACCAUCGAGACGACAUCUUCGCCCAAGCAAACCUGAUGGAGAAGAGGGUCAAACCAGCCUCCUCAGACGCAGCUCAACAUCCGGGGGCCCGCAAUCGAGCCAUAAGCGACGAGCCAUCUUCGUCCCACCUCUAACGCAAAUAUUCAUCCGCCUUUCGAAGCUCAUGUACGACCCCAACUUCCUCGUCGCGGCCGCAACGAGGGCUACCCUGCUCGACUUGAUGCGAAAUGAUCCCCCUCUUCUCACCAGACCAGUCAUGGAUAUGUUUGCUGGGGAACAGAAGGACAUCGCAAGAGCAGUCGCUACGCUCUCGACGUACCUUCAUGCUCACCAAGUCCUACCACCACCCAUGAGCCACAGCAUCUUCAACAACCUUAUGGGAUUCCUGAAGUACGCUGCACGCCAACUCGACGUUCCCGAAACACUGCACGAAUAUGCGCUCGUUCUACCAGUACUGGCUUCUGUCAUCACACAGGUCAACGGGAUGUCUAUGCGAGAGAUUCGACGAUCGAAAACGGAUCCAUUUGUUGUGCCAUCGGGAGCCUUGUGGUUCGCUGAUACAGCUCCGAAGGGACCUAUGUUUCCGCGAGGGUUUGACGACUUUGCCAACCCCUUCGAAGACGUUGCAACCCGUAUUCUCUCCACGACUAUGGUUCGAAUAUCACAGAACUUGUUGUUCCUCGCCAUGCUCAAGCGGAAUAGUCAAGAUGUCACCCUGGUCCGCAAGAAUGCGAGUCGGCUUGUGUUACCAUCGUUAUCUCGCGAGACGCUGGAACCUCGACCUCUAGAACUAGGCGAUAUGGUCCCUGAUGCCCAAAAUCAAGUGAAUCCUCCAGAGUCGACAUUGGAAACAUUCUCCCUCAUCUUCGCUAGGAGCCAUCUCCUCCUCGUAGCCCAAGUGUUCCGUUCCAUGUCCAGGCACCUCAGCGAUCGUAACGAACUUGCUCUCUGGAUCGAUGGAAUCAACAAAAUUCUCUGUAAACAUGGCCAUGACAUUGGAAUUGUUGGACAUGCACUGAUCGCGCUUAUGGUAGCGACAACUCGAUUCCGGCGACUUUUCACCUCCGGGACGGCUUACACCCUCUUCAUGCCUGCGCUUGUCAAGGUUUAUGUCGAGUCGGCGACGCAUCCAGGCAUCCGCCCUGCGAUCGAAUAUGCAGUCAAUCGCUUCUACGCACUCCACUCCGAGUCCUUCCUCUUCCAAGCACUUGGGGUGGUUGGUCAAAUGUCCCUGUUGCCAGGCAUAGAUGAGGCGGCGUUCUCCAAGAGCGUCUACGAUCUUUUUUUUUCUCUCACGAAAGGAAGUUCAGUUUUCACUGUCGACGCUGCGGGCAUCCAUAACAUCAACAAGACUCAAGAACGGGAGGCGUUGAUCGUCAACACGGCUGAAGAGAAACCGCAAACGUUCCUGGCAAGCCUUAGGCGGACGGAUUCCUCAACACAAACAACCCAACUCUCUCUACUAUUUCCCGAUGAGUAUGAAGCCGAACGGUUACGUAUGGACAACUUCGUCCGACUUUUCCUUACGGUCAUCGCCCACGACAUUACUAUCAUUCGCGCACAAUACUACAUGCGGCUCCUUCGACUUUUGACACCAUCUCUUUUCCAGGCAUCCGGAUCCACGCGCAACGUUUUGGUCGAAGGCAUCUCCGCAUUGGCUUCCAUCCUUUUGAAAGGUGGCAAAAUCAGGACGGACGCGGCCCCACGUUCCACUGAUGACUAUACUCUCUUACCCGCCAACAUGGAGAGCCAUUCUUCCGAGCAAACCCGGACCCAAAGCGACCCAAAAGUCCUGCGGAUGGAUUAUCUCCAACUCGUCCUCAGCUUUGGAAAAGCUGGAGGUGAGAUAUCGUCGAAGGUGUCUCGACAAGUCAUCGAAAUCUUCAAGCUCGUAUUGAAAGACUCGAAUAACGACAGUAACAAGACUUUGUCGGCAUUCCUGUCCGACUUCGUCCAAACCGUCCUUUUCCCUGAACACCCUCCCGAACCCAAGGCCGUGGUGACAUUCCUUCGGGACCUUGCUCCUAUGCUCCAUGCCUAUAUGGCUACCAUCGAUGUGACCGAGAUCUUCCACGCCGUCCACCGCCUUACACUACUCCCAGCCUAUGCCAGCAACCGACCAUUUUCCCAGGUAGUUGUUGGCGAAAUAUGCACUGCAGGACUCGCCACCUGCGAAUUGGCUGCAUCGGAGAAUCAUCUUCAGACAUUGGCCUGUAGGCCCGCUUUGAUCCAGUUGAUUGCAGAGUGCGUCUUCUUGGAGGGAGCAGAUGUCAUCGCAGAGAUUGAGAAGAGAACGCCGACCUAUGGUUUCCUUGCGGGCGUCGUCCUUCCCCUGGCCAUUGCAAUGAAAACCGAAGCUCAGAUCAACGCCGAUGGCUUGCGUACCCAACCUCGACAUCGUUCAGUUCUGGCCAGCGGUUGGUUGCGACUUCUGUUCUAUGUCAUCGCGGCAUGUCAGAAGAGCACAAAGGUGGAGGGGCUACAGAGGUCCAAAUCAAAGGAUAAGAAUGCGCGGGGGGAGACAGCCUACCUACGAUCGAAACUCCCGGUCUUCGUCAUGGCGCUUCAGAUCCUCAAGAUUAUCGUUAUCCGCGCCGAAGUGGAUAUCUCUUCAUCCAUCCCGGGGAUCUGGGAACGAAUAGCAGCGUUCCUAAAGGCAAUGCUGUCCGACGGCAACGCCGACUUCGCGGUUCGCCAGGAAAUACCCUCUGCCUUCAACUCUGCCUACAAUUCCCCAACCGCCUCACCCCGAGUCAGCGCGCAGUAUCCAUCGCUCGAUCCAUCACCUUCAGCAUGGAGCCAUCUGUCGACGAUGUCCGCCGGGGUGCACUUUGCACUACAGGACUAUACCUUUGCUCGUCCCCGCGUUAUCGACUACAUGUUAUGGUCGGUUCUGGAGUUCCUUUGGGCGUACAGGACGCCACUAAGGUUGCAAUUGCGACUCUUGACGACCGAGAAGAUUGUCGCCCUCGACGUCGAGCUUCGCAAGGUCCAACGCGCACCAAACCUCUCUUCUCCUCGGAGACGGCCAGUUUCCUCAAUAUUCUCCAAGGUCCGUAAUCGGGGGUCAGGAUACGUUCCGUCUCCUGAUGCCUCACCAAGACUUUCGCCCAUGACCGGGCCAGCAUUGCUGGAGCCCACACCUGCCUUUUUGGAUGUUCGCCGACCCGGCUAUCAAGUCUCUCCCAUCUCCCCAUCCGACAAACGUCCCUAUGACGGCACUGGCCCUGGACCGCAGAUCAUCCACUUGGGACCGGCUUCGCCAUCUGCGUGGCAAGGACCGCCAUCUGCAGGGCUUCCAGGAGGCGGAGGGAUGCGAACUGUCGUGCGAUCGGUCAAGAUUAAGUCGCUCAAACUGGCGGAAGCAACGUACCGAAGGAUACGAGGCGUCCAGGCGUUGAUGGGCUACGACCCCCUGUUGCCACUCCCAGGACAAGGACCAGAGGUGGAGGACGGUGUAGUUUUGAAGACGUGGACGAUGAGCCAGGCUUUGACUGCUAUCAACCAAGAAACAAUGGAUCUGUUGGAGGAGUUCGAACAGGCUGCCGCCGCAGAGGAGGAUGAUGACGACGACCUCGACGCGGUAAAGAUUACCAUCGAGGCUGCAGAGUCGGACACGGCCAGUGUCUCGACGUUGUUAAGUUGA